AUGGAAGACGAAAGCUACGAUGAGGAGGAAGCCGAAGAGAAGCUUGCUGAAGAGGAAGAUUACGGUGAAGAGGAUCAACCUGAAUACGAAUCAACGAUUUCAUUGGACGAGGCUGAGCAUGAUACACGCGUGUUGACACACGCCGAGGCCGGUGAGUGCCUUCACAAUUUAGGAAAAUGCAUCACGCGGUACGAGUACGCCUAUCUCAACCUGGACGCCUCGGAUAGAGGCCUUACGGAUAUCAGCGUGAUAGCAUCCUUCAAACACGUUCGUUAUGUGAACGUAUCGGGAAACAGAUUGAUAUCAAAAGCACUAUGUGCACUCGAGACGAUACCAUAUCUGCAGACACUGCGAGCGGACCGUAAUCGUCUGACCAGUACGGAGUUAAAGCCGAUGCCCUAUCUACAGGGGCUCGCUCUAAAUUGGAAUAAACUGACAGACACGUCUGGCAUCCAUCAUAAAUCGCUUGAGCGCCUGGAGUUGAACCAUAACGAUAUUCGUACAGUGAAUGUGGAUCCUCAGAUCCUUGUGAACUUGAGAACUUUGGAACUGCGCGGCAACGCACUCGUCAGUACGGCAGGAAUUUGCUGUCCCAGUCUAACGCGGCUCUUUCUGGCCGAGAAUCAGAUAGAAAAGAUCGAAGACCUCGGAGCCCUUGUGAACCUGAUGAUGUUACACUUGCGAAGUAACAAACUCGCGAAUCUAGAUGGUUUCACCGAGCAAUGUCGCAGCUUGAACUAUGUGAAUCUGCGCGACAACGAGCUUUCGAGGAUUUCAGAGUUGAGAAAGCUGGAUUGUCUACCAAAUCUGGAAACGCUUAUCGUCCUGGGGAAUCUUCUUUUGAAGGAAGAGAAAGAAGAGAAGGAAUAUAGACGAAUCAUUCUGACAAUGCUUCCAAAAUUGAACAGAAUCGAUAAAGAUCCUGUGCUAGAUCAAGAAAGAAACGAGGCAAAGGAGUUGCUUAAAAAAAUACGAAAGAGCGAAUCCAAGUUUGAAGAUUCGUUCGAUUUGAGAGAUUAAAGGUUACGCAUUGAA